CGCCUUAACUCAAAGACGUGAAGAUCCACUCACGGUAAACAAACCAGUGUUUUUCCUGCCACGGUGACUAUGAGUGUCUUCACACGUCCGUUCGGUCCCCUUGGCAGCAGCAUCCAGGAGCAGAGAGAACGCUGGGAGAGACAGCGCAGUCGAACGGCCAGAGAGCUGGUGCAGACCGAACAGCGCUAUUGUCAACAGCUGGAACUUGUUACUACUUUCUUUGUGGCGAUCUUGAAGGCCAAAGGAACCCUUAGCCAGGACACCAGAGAAGGCAUCUUCAGUUCAAUUAAAGCCAUUCAUUCAGCAAACCAAUCUCUGCUGGUACACUUGGAGAAUGGAUACUUUGGCAAAGGCCUCGACCAGUUCUGUUCACAUCUGCAUCACUACAACAUGUAUGUGGACAACAUCUAUAAUGCCACCAAAGUCCUUGGGAUCCAGCUGAAGAAAAACAAGGCCUUCAGACGCUUCAAGAAACUACAGGAAGCCCGACCAGAGUUCAAUGACCAUAAACUAGAGGACUUACUUCAACUCCCCAUUCAUCGAAUUGAUCAGUACAAGCAUUUCCUGCAGGACCUGGCUGCCAACACAAGUCCAGACAACCCAGAGUUUGAACAGCUUGCUCGAGCCGUGACUGCAGUGAGCAAGGUGUCCUGUCGGAUCCAGGACAAUGCCCGGCGCCAUGAGAACCACCUGCAGCUUUGCCGGGUGCAGAAACUGCUGAAAGGGCGAAAGACGAAGGUGUUGGCCGCAGGGAGGUGGUACAUCCGUGAAGGCUGGCUGAAGGUGGUCCCUCAAAAAGGUUCCGAAGCGAAGCCCAAGAUGUUCUUCCUCCUCUCUGACAUGCUGCUGGAGGCCAAACACUGUAGUCCACUGCAUCCCACCAAUGGAGACAAGUUUGCUGGCCAGCAAGCCUACCCACUGCAGGACUGCACUGUGGAGAAGGUGUUUGGCCACACCAGGAGCCAGGGAGGCCUGCUCAGCCUGACCUUCCCCAAAACCAAACUUUUACUGAUGUCCAGCAACCAGGAGGAUCUCAAUGGCUGGUACCAAAGCCUCAGCUCAGCAGUCAUCAUUGAUUAUCAGGCCAACCUCUGUAACUCAACUCCCAGCCCGCAUGGUCCCAACUUCCCGGAGGAGGGCCCAGGUCAGCCCCAUUAUGUGGAAGGGCUAGCUAUGCUAAGGGCCCCGACUAAUUAG